GGAAGCGGAAGAGAGGAGCUGGCUCCGCCCAUCGGAGGCAGGAAGAACCCCGGCGUCCGGGCACUUUCUGCAAAGGAUUUCCCUCCCUACCCCCAUCAGCCCAGGUUGGUGCCUGGGCAGAGACCCAGCUAGACAGACGCCUGUACUGCCGGUCCAGGAAUGACGUCCCUGGGUACCAGCAGCCAGACAGUGACGGAAUAUGUGGUCCGCGUCCCCAAGAACACCUCCAAGAAGUACAAUAUCAUGGCCUUCAACGCCGCCGACAAAGUCAGCUUCGCCACAUGGCACCAGGCCAAGAUGGAGCGAGAUCUGAGCAACAAGAAGAUCUAUCAGGAGGAAGAGCUGCCGGAGUCGGGAGCCGGCAGCGAGUUCAACCGCAAGCUGCGUGAGGAGGCGCGUCGCAAGAAGUACGGCAUCGUCCUGAAAGAGUUCAAGCUGGAAGACCAGCCCUGGAUUCUGAAAGUCAACGGCAAAGCCGGCCGCAAGUUCAAGGGGGUGAAGAAAGGGGGCGUGACGGAGAACACCUCCUACUACAUCUUCACCCAGUGUGCCGACGGCGCUUUCGAAGCCUUCCCGGUCAACAACUGGUACAACUUCACGCCCGUCGCCAAGCACCGCACCCUGACGGCGGAGGAGGCGGAAGAGGAAUGGGAGCGGCGGAACAAGGUCCUGAACCACUUCAGUAUAAUGCAGCAGCGGCGGCUGAAGGACCAAGGCGACGAGGAGGAGGAGGAGAAGGAGAAGAAGAGCAAGAAGAAAGGCAGCGACCUCCGGAUCAACGACCUGGAGGAGGACCUGGAGAUGAGCUCGGACGAGAGCGAGCUGAGCGACGCUGACGGUGAGAAGCCGGCCAAGCCGAAAAAGGCCGCCCCGCAGAACAAGAAGAAAAAGAAGAAGAAGGGCUCGGACGACGAGGCCUUUGAAGACAGCGACGACGGGGAUUUCGAGGGCCAGGAGGUGGACUACAUGUCUGAUGGGUCCAGCAGCUCCAUGGAGGAAAUGGGAGGCAAACCCAAAGCGGCCAAAGAGGAAGACGUCCCGAAAGGGAUCGACGAAGCGAGCGAGAGCAGCGAGGAGAGCGAAGAGGAGAAGCCCGUGGAGGAGGAGAAGGAGGAGGAGGAGGAGAAGAAGGCCCCCACCCCGCAGGAUAAGAAGAAAAAGAAAGACACGAGCGACGAGUCGGAGACCUCAGAAGACAGCGACAUCGAGAGCGAGGCGUCUUCCGCACUCUUCAUGAUGAAAAAGAAGACGCCUCCGAAGAAGGAACGGAAGGGCUCUGCCAGCAGCUCCCAGGGCAACAGCCGCCCGGGGACGCCCAGCGUGGACUCCGGCAGCACCUCCUCGACCCUGCGGGCGGCAGCCACCAAACUGGAGCAAGGCAAACGGCAAGCGGGGUCCAGCGAGCUCCCUGCGGCCAAGAGGGUGAAGAUGGACGCCGGGUCCCAAGCGGCCUCCGCCUCUGGGAAGUCAACGCCCCAGCCGCAGUCGGGCAAGUCAACCCCCAGCAGCGGAGACGUGCAGCUGACGGAGGACGCCGUGCGCCGCUACCUGACCCGCAAGCCCAUGACCACCAAGGACCUGCUGAAGAAGUUCCAGACCAAGAAGACGGGCCUGAGCAGCGAGCAGACAGUCAACGUGCUGGCCCAGAUCCUCAAGCGCCUCAACCCCGACCGCAAGAACAUCAACGACAAGAUGCACUUCUUCCUGAAGGAGUGAGGGCGGCCGAGGGCCCAGCGGAGACGGACUCAGCCUCCCACCGCCAUGAGCCCCUCAUGUUAGAACAGCAGUUGGGAGGCAGGGCUCAGAACUCGGACCGCGGGGGCUCCGUUUCACCCUUCAGGGAGAAAGAGGCCUCCUCAGGGCAAGCGCCCUGCUUCUUCCUUGAGAUCGGAGCGGUAGAAGGGGGUAGAUCAUCACUGCCCGUUGAGAAGCAUCGAAGGCACAAUCUCUUUCGAGUAGCCGACGUUUUCUCCACCGUAUGGAGGGAUUUGCGAAUGAAGUGCUGUAUUUUAAAAAUAAA